AUGACUCCUAAACAACAUGACAUUGGUUGGGAACACGCAACACCAGUUGGUGGUGAUCGAAGAAUUAUAAAGUGUAACUAUUGUGGAAAAAUAGUUCAUGUCGGUAUUACUCGAAUGAAGCAGCAUAUUGGACAUGUAUCCAGUCAGGUGGAAGGAUGUUCAAGUGCACCAAAAGAAGUGUCACAAUUGUUCAAACAACAUCUCAGUGAUCGUAGUAAAGAAAGGGCUUCUAGAAAGAAGAAAAAAGAACUAAUUGUACAAUCAUUACGAGAUAAAGUUUUUUACAGCCUGGAUGAUGAUGAUGGUCAGAAUAAAAUUAAAGAGGGUGAUUUUGAAAGAAGACAGUUAAACCAAGCAAUGAAGAAAAACCGUCAAAUGGCUUGGAUGGAGGAAGAGGGUCGUAGGCACGCUGUAUCAAAUGCAAGUAGUCGUUCUACUAAGGGUCAUUUUUUUGCUGAUAGUGGGCCUUACUAUCAAUCAAUGAUUGACACUAUUGAGGAUGCAAGCCCAGGAAUAAAGGGCCCUACAGGAUAUCAAGUUGGUAGUUCUUAUUUGGAGGAGGAGGUUCAAGAGGUUGACAUUUAUAUAUUCUCGAUGAAGGUAAAAUAG